AAGCCAGUCAGAACAACCGGAGGAGGAGGGCAUGUGCAGCGUUUGGGACUCUCCAAGUGGUGGAAGGAGAGGCCGAAGGAGGCGGCAGCCUGAGAAUUUCUGAGGGCUCACAGGCCUCUGGCUGGGCGGCGGAGAGAAGAGAGUGGGGCGCCACUGGCGGAGAACGCGCGCGUGGGUGGAAACGCCGACCUAACUCCGCGCUUGCUUCGCAAUUAGGGUCGCGGAGCAAUAAAGCCCCCCUCUCUUUUCUUCUACUCCCCCCCCCACCUCGGCUAGCCCUGCCUUCUGUGGCGGCUAGUUUCUGCUGGCCCUGCCCACGUUUCCCUCGUUCCCUCCCUCCCCCCCGCGGUCAUGUGUUGCCUUUUUUUUGUUGUUUGCAGUGGAAACAAUUUCGCCUUCUAGCACCUCCGACCCAAACCGCUACUCGCUCAGACGGGGUGGCGGGGGGGGGGGAAGAGAGAGAGAGAGCAAAGGAAGGGGAGACGGCAGGAGGGUGAGACGAAGCAAAGGCGGCAGUGAGGGGGGGUGUGUGUGUGAAACUGCAGCAGGGUCCCAUGCUCGCCUCAGAUUUCCUUUUCGGCUCUGGGCUCCCCUCGCUUUUUCCCUUCGGCCACAUUGUUGGCUUCAGGCUGGGGGAGGAAGCAAUGCCUUGUUCAAUCGGAUGAAAAGUUUGCAUAAUGAUCACGGGCAAGGCGGCAGGGAAAAUCUAGAACUCAUCCAGGACAGGAGCCUCAGACUAAAUGGGUCCAGUUAUGCCUCCUAGUAAGAAGCCAGAGGGCUCGGGAAUUACCAUUUCCAGUGGACUGAGCCAGUGUUACACAGAUGGUGACCUAUCAAAAACUCUACAGGAUGAAGAAGACUUAGAUUUUUCUUUGCCUACUCUUCGAUUGGAAAAAGGUCCUAUAGAAGAUGAAGAACUUACCAAUUUGAACUGGUUACAUGAGAGUAAGAACUUGCUGAAAAGUUUUGGGGACUCUGUCUUAAGAAGUGUUAGCCCAGUUCAAGACCUGGAUGAUGAUACCCCUCCAUCUCCUGCUCAUGCUGACAUGCCCUAUGAUGCCAAGCAGAACCCUAACUGUAAACCACCAUAUUCAUUUAGCUGUCUCAUAUUUAUGGCCAUUGAGGACUCUCCAAACAAACGGCUUCCUGUGAAGGAUAUAUACAACUGGAUUUUGGAACACUUCCCUUAUUUUGCAAAUGCUCCUACUGGAUGGAAAAAUUCUGUGAGGCAUAAUCUGUCAUUAAAUAAAUGUUUUAAGAAAGUGGACAAAGACAGAAGUCAGAGUAUUGGGAAGGGGUCUUUGUGGUGUAUAGACCCAGAAUAUAGACAAAAUCUUAUCCAGGCUUUGAAAAAAACACCCUAUCACCCAUAUUCCCAUGUGUUCAGCACACCUCCAGCAUCUCCUCAGGCAUAUCAAAGCACAUCCAGUCCACCCAUUUGGCCAGGAAGCACUUUUAUCAAGAGAAAUGGAGCUCUUCUGCAAGAUCCUGACAUUGAUGCUGCCACUGCCAUGAUGCUUUUGAAUACUCCCCCUGAGAUACAAGCAGGUUUGCCACCUGGAGUGAUACAAAAUGGAGCUCGCAUUCUGAGUAGAGGAAUUUUCCCAGGAGUUAGACCACUGCCAAUAAACCCUAUUGGAAACAUGGCUGCAGCAGUAAGGAAUGGAAUAGCAAAUUGCCGAAUGAGGACAGAUAGCGAGCAGUCGUGUGGUUCUCCAUUGGUGAGUGGUGACCCAAAGGAGGAUCAUAACUAUAGCAGUGCCAAAUCUUCCAACCAUAGGAGCACAUCACCCACUAGUGAUUCUGUUUCCUCUUCUUCUGCUGAUGAUCAUUAUGAAUUUGUCUCAAAAGGCAACCGGGACAGUAGUGAGGGCAGCGAGGUCAAUUUCCAUAGCCACGAGAGCCAUAGUGAGGCAGAGGAUGAGAGCAAACGGCAAAAUCGAAAAGAGACCAAGGAUUCUGUAGCUGAUAGCGGGGUCCCCUCUCAGCACAAGAAACGUCAGCAUUUAUUGAAGGCGAAAAAAGUACCGAGUGACACACUGCCUCUUAAAAAGAGACGCACAGAGAAACCACCGGAGAGUGAUGAUGAGGAGAUGAAAGAAGCUGCUGGAUCACUCCUGCAUUUGGCAGGAAUUCGAUCUUGUUUGAACAACAUCACCAAUCGGACGGCAAAGGGACAGAAAGAGCAAAAGGACAUGACGAAAAAUGAGAACAAAUCCAUUGACUGAACUUAUAAAACGAUUUUGUUUCAGCACGUCAGGUGAAUUCUAAUGAUUUGUGGCAAUAUCAGAAAAUACUUUCUUCAGUUUUUUUUUCUUUCCCCAUUUUUUUCUUUUUUUUCUUUCCCCUCCUUUUUUGAACCCAAAAUAUUUGUGUUGUAUUUUUUUAAAGGAGAUUGAAGCCAUAGAACUCAUACUGAUACUCAUCUAAUUUUACAAAAGCUUUUCAUUACAUGAAGACAAAAAUAAGUGAAAGCCAAAAUUGCCGUUGCUUUCUCCAGUUUGUCAGAAAUGCAUGGUUGACUACGCUGUGAUACCACCAGUUAAUGUGAGAGGAAUAGAAAUUGGCACUUGAAAAUAUAUAAUGAGAAAUUGAAUAAUAUGGUAGAUCCAGGCCAGGCUCUUAGAAAAAUAAUUUAAAAGCCUUAUAAUUAAAUGAGAGAGAAUGUAUGUAUGAAUGAAUGUAUGUAUGUGUGCAUGUAUGUAUAUUCCAUAAAUUUGAGGGAAGUCAGAGGCCCAUCUUCAGAAUCAAGAAUAAGAUAGUGGCAUUUGCUUGCAUUUGUGCCAUAGAAAUCUUGGAAUAUCCACUAAAAACAGCUGCUUAUACAGUAAUGAAUUACCUAAGCUUCAUAUACUGUAUAUGGCUCAUAAUGUGAAGACUUAAUACUUUUUAAAUUAUGGAAACUGAACUGUGUAUGCAAUGAGUUUCAAUAAUAUAAGGAGAAAAGGGUGGAGGGGGUUGGGGGGAUUAGUAAUAUUCUUUAAUCAAUUAAUUGUCUUCUAUAUUUAAAUUAAAAGAAUGUUUUUUAAAAAAGCCAUAAGCCUGAAGAUUGGCACUGCCUGCAAAAAUAUUAUGGGAAAACAAGCUAUGAGUUCUUAACUGCCUGAGUGAAAAGCAAUCAAAUCUAAAAUAAAAAUAUGAGUAGAUAUUUAAAGAGGAUCAAAAUGAGGAAACCUUUUUGAUAGGAUAAAAAUAUUGAUCUCAUGAGAAGAGCAAAAUACAUAUGCUACAAAACUUGUCAUUAGUAUUAUAUUACAUUUAAAAAAAAACAAAUAUAUUUGGUUGGUCAAGAAAUCCUAAUCUUAACUAAAACUCUGUACAGUGCUCCUCAAAACGCUGUACCUGUUAAAUAGCCAGGAUUCAUUUGUGCAAAAAUAACAAUAUAUUUCCAGUUAUAACCUCUGUAGCCAGAUUCACUGAUCCUUAUUCAAAUUGCAUGGAUACAUUUCUGGGAGGGGCUCAGGAGUACAAAAUAAAACCCCCCUUUUUAAUUCAAAGAUAACAAAAGUUCUUGUAAGGUAAAUAAUGUAUUUAGCAUGAAGCAUGAAUUAUUUUCAUAUAAAUAGAGAAAAAUAGAGAAAAGGCUAUGCCUCUAAUUUUUAAGCCAAUAGGCUUAGUUUUGGUUUUUGGUUUUUUGGUUUGUUUUUUAUUUUGUUUGGGAAGCAGGUGUUUUAAGGUUUAACCUUUUUCAGGGACAAAUACUGACUGUUGGGGAACUUAUUCUGCAAUAUUAAAAAAUAAAACUUCAUGCUCGGGUAGGGCUUGGAUGGUUGAAUUAUAUUGCCUUGUCUGCACAUUCAGCCCCCUUCCCCUACUUCUCUGUUUAUUGAACAUGUUUGUCCUUUUGUUGUCUUUACAUGUAUUAACAUUACGCAAUAAUUUUGAGGGCAAAGCAAGUAGUGAGUGUGUAUGAUUAAGACUCCAGGAAAAGACACUGAAUUUACUGUAUAGUUGAGAGAGAGGAAACAAUGGGCAAUUCGGUUUCAGAGAGAUUGUAACCAAUGAGAUACACAGAUAUGCCAAGAAGGGAUAAGUUUUGAAAGGGCUUUCAUUUGUGUUCAUAACCUGACUUGAGUAAAUGAUUGAGAAGCAACUUCGUUACGGCCAUACUUGUGUUUGCAGUGGUAGUCCUGUAAAUGGACUAUCAUUGCAUGGCAGUAGAGUUUAUAAUAAGGCCAAUAUCCCAUACCACCACCACCCCAAAAAAAUACCAGAAUAGACAGACAUAAUCUUGAGAUUAUUUUAAGACUUGUAGAUUAGGUUCCAAAUGACACUUGCAUGAUCUUGUCAAGAAUCCAGAUUCUGCAGCUUAUAAAAUUUCCCUUAAAAUGUGGGAGCUACAGUCAGACAAAAAAACUAGGAUGCCCUCCCAAGAAUAGUAUUAGGAAGGCAGCUCUUUUGAUCUUAGCAGCUUCGUUUUAAAUAAAUAUAGCUUUAUAGCAAUGGAAGUAGUGAUGUUAUUGAUGAUGUUUUAAGGUUUAGCGAUUAAGAUGAAUUGAGAACAGACAGUGGCAACAAACUGAAACAGAAUUGGAAAUUAGCUAUCAUUGAAUUAUAUUUUAGGAAGUAUAUGUGGUAUCCACUGAAAACUGAUACAAAUAGAUUUUUAAAAUAAUGUGUGCCAAAUCAGGCUUGAGCUAACAAAGGUUUGAAAGCAAGUUCAACCUCUGCAUUGUCUAUAAGACACUUUUUUUGUGUAUUCAAAAAUCAGAAUCCCUAUUUCUGCCUCCACCUUCUGAAAGAAUUGAUAUUUGCCUAAAAAAACAUUAGGAAUCUUUAAGAGUGAAUGAAAAGAAACCACAUUAGUGAAUUAGAGUUUUCUCUUCAUAGAAGAGUGCCAAAUACAUCUUGUGAUUGCCAUGGGGUCCUGAUGAAAUGUAAAAUAUUUUGUUGCUAUUUAUUGCAAUGGAAUAAUUAUUUCAAAGUUAAGCUGUUUAAGUUGUAAACUGGAAGGAUUCUGAACUCAAAAUUUUAUUCCUUAGGCCAGGCAUGUCAAACUGCUGGCCCACAGGCCGGAUACGUCACUCUGAAACCGUGCCCACCCCAUUGCCGGCAAUGGGGGAAAAGUUGCAAUACAUUGCGCGACGUCACAUGACGUCGCAAGUUUGACAUGCCUGGCUUAGGCCAAUGUUCUGACAUUUAGAAAAAUACCACAGUGUAAAAAGAGAACUGAGGGCAUAUAUUAUAAUAUUGAAGUUAUAUUAUCCUACAUAAUUCCAUUGAAAGUAAAGCAAUUUGUCUCAGUACUUUGUCCACUAAACUCCACCGAAAUAUACAACAUACUUCCAACCAGACUGUAUCCCACUAACUGAACAUCAAUAAGUUGUAAUGUCUUAAAUAAAAAGUAAUGUGCUGCAAAUAAUUUUAGCUAUUGCUAUACAAAAAGCAAUCACAAUUGAUAUUUUUACAAAAUAAGGCAAAAUUCAUUUGAGGGUAAGCAGUAUACAAGCUGCAAAUUAAGUACCUGGAUUUUAUUAGAAAUUAUGGAAGAUUUGCUAAGAGUUUGCCUUGUCUGUCAUACAGCCACAAUCAAUAGUUUAAUCUAAACAAACUCCACAACACUAUUCUAUUGUACCAACUGAUCUUUAGUGCCAAACUGAAAAUAAAGCAGAUGGACCCAAGUUAAAAACAUCAGAUACUACUUCAAUUCAGGUGAAAUCCAUCCUCUGUGUGUUGAGCCCAUCCUUAUUCCUACACUUCAGCCAUUUAAAAAUAACAAGAGGGGAAUGUUCAUAACUGGAAGAUGUAAGCAAUAAUAAACAAAAUAUCUGUUUGGUCUUUCUUUACUCCCACACAGAGUACUAAAAAUAAGCCAGUAAGUUAAUUCCCAUUGACAUUCAGGCAUACUUCUUCAAGCUAUUAACUUCCAUCUUAGGAGUUGUAGAUCUCACAGUUACAUUCUUCUUGUCUGAAGGUCUUUAAGACAGCACAAUCUGAGACAGUAUCUCAGAAGACCUUGAGCAGAAUAUAGGAAGUCCUAUUCUGUAUGCAUUGUGGCACAGUGACAAGAAGAAUGUGUAUAUGUACUUGGAUAACACAUGCAUCUACCUUGUUAUAUCGUUCUUAGUGUGUUUGGGUAAUAGAGGCAGCUUUUCUGCAAAUAAUUUUUGUAGGAACUGGAUUGUCAAAAUAAUGUAUAAGAUUUUUUUCCUAUAAAAUAGUGAAAUGUUUACUCCAUAUUUCUCCUUCCAUAAAUGAAAGGGCUUUCUCUGUCACCAAAAGCUUUUGUUCUAAUAGAUGGUUUUAACAUAAGGGAAGAAACAACUGUUGUCAAUUAUCUAGUCUCUUUAUAGCUCCAAAUAUCAUUUCCCACAUUAUGCUAAAAAAAUCCUCCAACUUUCAGGGGCUGCAGCUCUGGUGUGGAAGAAAUUCAUUUCUGUUUUCAAACACGCUAUUGGGAACAUGUCCUGAAUAUUCCCAUUGGCAGGAAUAAAAUUUGGAUUCAAGCCAGCAUCAGUUUAGAUUAUGAUUUAAUUCUCAGUAAUGUUUUUUUCAUAGCAGACCAUUGCAGAAUUGCUUAUCAGCAAUCUAGGUUUGCCAUUAAAUCAUUUUAAUGAUGAACUUUUACAAGCAAUGCUUUAAUUCUGAACACACCAAAAUAUGCAGUGGUCAUACUUUGAGUUCCAUUCAGUUCUUUGGUGACUAAAAAUAUCUUUUGAGUACCUGUGUUGUAACUUUCAACAUAAAAGAGGUUGAAUACAGUUCUGCUGGAAUGGAGGUUUGUAUCCACAAUGAAACUUAAUUGAGAUUUGAUGUGAGGAUAUCCAUAUGUCUUUCCCUGAAAAAAAGUAGACUUACAUCCAAAAGAUGCAGAAAUAAAGUGGGGUUAGUAAUCUACUGGAACAAAUCUUCUGAACUUUAGAUCAGCUGUUCAGAAUAUGCCAGCUGCAAAUCUUUCUUGGAAAUUGCUCCUAGUUGUAUUUCUGUAUAGCAUUAGAUAGAUGACAACUUGAAAACUUUCAUGGGUGAUUAUUAGUGUAUUAUGUCACAGAAUAUAUAAACUAUAAAAACUUGUCAGCAGUUGUUGCCACUCAGUUCAGAUAAUCUGUCUUGGACCGGAGAACAGAAGUGAUUUGAAAGCCAUUUUUCUAUGACAAAUGGAAGUACUUCUUCAGAAGAAAUAGUGUGCUAUUUCUUUAUACACUAGCAGGUUCUUGCUACUCUCUGUAAUCUUCAAAAAGGCAAAACAGACUGGUUUUCCUAUAUAGAGUUGAAGUUGAUUUCAGUAAGAAAAUUGCCAUACUGGAAUUCAGUGUCCUGGCUACUAAAUUAUUUUCAGGCUUGUUAAAUGUUCCAUUCACUGACCAGAGUCAUUCAUUUUUUUGGUUGUGUUGUAGUUAAAUUUGUGAGUGAAUUUCAUGACACUGCCUGCAAUAUAUAAACACUGUUAUGCACAUAAAUGCAGCACUGUGAUCUAAUUUAAAUAACUUUAUUAUUAUUUAAUAUGUAAUAUAUGUUAAUACUUCAGUAUGGAAAGAACCAUGCACAACCUCUGACCGUCUGUUUUUCUACUAUCAGGAAUUUAAAAACAUAGUUAACCACACAUAUUUUACUUUUCCUAUGAAUCUAUAAUCUUGGUGUAGGAUUUUUUUUAAGUUGAAUUUUAUAAGUAUUUACUAAAUAUUCUAUGCUAUCAUAUAUAUGAACAUUCUCUUACUUUUUUUCACAUUUCUUUAUACAAACGUCCCUUCUGAUUGUAGUUCUAACUGGAAAAUUGGGUGGAGAGACUUUGGUAAGCCAGGGAUCAUUUUCUCCAAACUCUUCCUUGAAUCAAAAUGCAAAAUUGUAGAUGUGAAAGUUUUAUGAAGUCAACUGUGUCUCUGCAAUUCUUCCACAACUCAGCGGGCCAGCCCUGCUUCACUAACCAAAAACUACCUUUUGAAUUCAAUCUCUGGUGCUGUAUUUUGCUAAUCAAUAUUCAAAAUUUAGAAAUAAAUGUUUUGAAACCAUUUUUUCAUAGAGCUUCUUUUGCUAUUUUUUCAGUGCUAGCAUUUGAAACUAUACUUACCUAAAACAAAAUCUACUUUUUUGAAUCUGGUUGCCAAUGAUAACAGAGGAAUGGCUCCAUUUUUUUUCAAUUCUAAAUGAGAAUCACUGAUACCCCAGCAUCAACAAAGUUUUAGCUUAAAAAAAGUAAAGCCAUAUCUACCAAACCACCUUUUGAUUAUGGAAGAGCAGCUAAAUCCAGCCUCUCACCCAAAAGACAAUUGAUAGAGAUUAAAUUAGGAAGUAACAGUUGUGGGUUUGCACACAUAUUUUCCCAAUAGAUUUGUGUGCAGAAGCUGAAAGGGGAGAUUUGAGUUGCACUGUCAUAAGUCUGUUUAUGAAGAAAAGAUCUGAUGACUGAAUAUACCUUACAGAUUUGGAUUUCUUCUGACUUGGCUUGAACCUGAUUAGGUUUUCCCUUCAGUACUACUAUUAAGAUGAAAAUGCUGGUGCUUGGAGUUCUGUUUUAAUACUUGCAUUAAUGAAUUUCAAAAUCAAAUUGAUUUACCCUGGUUUCACUUUUGUAUUAUACACACUCACUACUUCAGUCUGCCUUGGGGUCAAAUGUUGGAAGAGAUGGGGUAGGGAAUGAUUUCUGUGUGUAUGAAAAAGCAUUAUGGAUUUGUACAUUUUUAUACUCUUCUGUGAUAUUUUUGAAAUAUUUUUGUUCUGCAGAAAAAAAGUGAUGAAGCAAUCAAAAGACCAAUAUAUACAAUAUCAAUGCUUUGGGGGGGAGGGUCAUGAGACCUUCAUUGGCCAAUAGAUUAAUUUAGUACAGCAAUAAGCCAAUUAUGUUCUUUUUCUUUUUGUUUUCUGAUUUUAUUCCUCUUUUCCCGGAAAAUGCUGUACUAGUUGAAUGAAACUGCCAGUUUCUUUAAUAUAAAUGAGAACUGUGAUGGGGACAUAAACAGUAAUGUUAAGUUGUAUUUGUGUUUACCUAAAUGAGCAGUCAAAAGGCAAGUGCAAUCAGCCAGAAAUAUGGAAAAAUGUUGAUCUAGAGGCAUACUUGCAUUUUAUGUUUCUUGAUGUGUAAUCAUAUUGCCAAAGACAAACUCUUUCAUCAGUUAUUAUUGUAAAUAACACUCUCCCAAAACCUUCCAUAAAGUUUCUGUGAUGUAUUGUCUUCCAGUUGCAAUAAAAAUUACCGAGUUGCAUCAGUUGAAUAACUGCA